CCGUUAAUCUCCGUUUUCAUUGCAGAAACUGUGGUUCCUGCACGUCUGGCCGUCGCUGCAGCAGGAGAUGCGGACGCAGGAGGUUCUAGCUGCUGUCCUCCAGCCCAUCCUGCAGCUCAUCUCCGACGUGUCGACGGACGAGUACGAGAACAUCGUCCUCCCGCACUUCAGAGUGGUGUUCAACCUGCCCAAGAGCAUCCAGGCCUCCGUCACCCUCCUGGAGAACAUUCACAUUAUCCUGGAUAAGACGCCACAGGAGGACAUCGCCACCGACAUUCUUCCCAUCAUCUACUCCGGUCUGGAGGCCUCUACUGUCCAGGUGCAGGUGGCGGCGGUGGUAGCCGCGACCAACGCCGCAGAGUAUCUGGACUCCGAAGCCAUCAAGAAGACAGUCUUGCCGCGCACGAAGGCCAUCUACGAGAAGAACCCGACGGACGUGGCUCUCUGCCUCACCGUCUUGGGCUGCAUAGAACGCAUCCUCGACAAGCUGGAGCGCUCCGCCAUCAUCGACGACGUCCUGCCUAUCCUCAGCGACGUGAAGCUGCAGGACGCUGAUGUCACUGUCAAGGUUGUAAACAUCUACCGCCUCAUGUUGGGGGUGAAAAAGUUCGGGUUGAGUGUGAACCUGUUGGCGACGCGUAUCCUGCCGUCGCUGCUGCCUCUGACCAUCAGCCCGUCUCUCAACCUCCUGCAGUUCAGCUUCCUCCUUCAGACCAUUCAUGAGAUGCUCGACCAUAUCGACAGACAACAGCGAAACAAACUGAAGUUGGACAACCUGAGCCUAGCGAGCAGCCCCGGGGAGAAGCGCCUCCUGCGUCACCAGCUGAGCUCGGACAACAUGUCCCUCUCGCCCUUCUCUCCUGUGCCCAACGUCAAGAUCCACGACACCCGCAUGUCGUCCAGUGCCGAGGACUUCCUCUCCCGCCGGGGGUCUUCAGGUAUAGGCUACAUGGGAUACUCAUUCUCAGGACCCUCGUCGCCGGAUUCCCAUCUACUUCGAGUCCAAUCCGCAACCAUCGGCCGUCGGCUGUCAGACAACGAGUUAAUGAUGCCUCCGAAGAUACGCAUAGGGUAUAACUCCUCAGCCUCGUCCCCUGGCGAGACCUCGACCGGCUCCCUGCCCAUCAGGCGACACUCGAGUAUCGGGCCAGAGCGACGCGGGUCCACCUGCAUCAAUCUCUCCCCACCAACUCCAACACGACCCCGACGCUCACUGGACCUGCAUUACUCACAGGCGCUAUCGCGCACCUUGGUAAGUGGGGGACCUACCUGUGGAGGCUCCCUGUACUCCUCCCGACGGCACAACCCCUCCCCGCCUCUCCUCCUCAGCCCUCAGAACUCCUCCAUCGCCAAUGCCAGCAAAAGUGUCCCGAUGCUCCUGACUCCCUCUCCGGUCUCCAACCUUGGUUCCAGGAGGCAAUCAACGUGUUCGAUCGCUUCACUCAGUGGUAUAGAAUCUAGGCGAUCCUCUACAGCUUCUAUUGGCAAUCCCUUUGGGUCAACUUAUAAGUCACACCGUCGCCCCUCAGCCCUCAUAUCCAAUGCCUCAAGUGGUAACCUCCUGCAGCAGCUGUCGGCCGGCGUGGUGAGUACAUACCAGCUCUUCUCCAGCAAGUCGUAAGCUCGUGUACAGCAUCCACAGGGUAAGGAGAGAGAGGCAUGCCGGUGUGUAUUACUCGACAAAAAGCGUCACAUCAUUGUUUGAUGUUCUUUAUGCUCAUUGGGUAGUUAAACAUGUUGAAACUAUGCCAUCACCUGACCAAGUGAGAUUCUUCGUUCUCAUUGGCCAACAAGAAUGCAUUGCAUCACAAAUUAACCAUUAGGAUGGACACAUCUUUGCUUAGAUGUGAUUAUUUGACAAGUCUAUAUAAAUGGCUGCUGUGAUUGGUUGCAUGUUAACAACGCUCAAUUUGACCAUUAGGCUUGGCACAUACUGGUCCUAGUGGCUGAAAAUGGGUGAUAAGGGUUUAAUUUUUAAAUACAGUAAUCACAAGUGUUUGAUCUAGCGGGAUAGCUUUUAUUGUGGCACAGAUUGACCAUUCUCUCAUUCCCAUCUGUAUCUUAGGUGGUGUGGUGUAAGUCUCUUCUUCUAGCCCUUCUAUUUCAGCUAAAUAAGUCAUAGGAAAUAAUUUCCCUAUCGUCUACCCUUAUCAUUCAUAUUAUAUAUAUAUAUAUAUAUAUAUAUAUAUAAUAUAUAUAUAUAUAUAUAUACACAGUAUAAUUUAUUAUAGAUGUACAAGAUACAGAAUAUUAAUAUUUAUAACAGAUGUAGGUACAGUACUAUAAACAUUUUAACCUCUCAUGUCUAGAUUAUUUUCAUACUAUUCAAAUGAUUCUUGCAUAUCGUUAUUAUAUCUGCUAGAAAAACUGCCAGUUUUUGGCAUUAGGGAACAGUCUUUCAAUACUCUUGAGUAAAGAUGGAUAUAUACAUAUAUAUAUACAUGAAAGGGUGAACCCCUCUUCUCUGCGUGUGUGUGUGUGUGUGUGUGUGUGUGUGUGUGUAUACUGUAUAUAUAUAGUUUACUUCAGACCUGAGUUAUGUUAAGAACUAAAGUAUACUUGCUGGUUGAUUUGUAAGCUAAUGUCACGGCCUUAAUAACUCUUCCGUGGUUGACAGGCAUAAUUUAGCCCAACACUAAAUCAUGUUGUAUCUUCUCUGGGGCCUCUACCUCCUUUGCUUCAUUCCUCUCAUCUCAUCAUUUUCUAAUAUACCUUGUCAACUAUAAUAAUUAGUUUGCUAGAAAACUUUAUGCAGCUUGUGUAUCUUACUAAUAUACUUAUUGCAUCUCAAAUUCAGAGUAAAUACAGUAAACUCAUUUUUUUUAUUGAUGGGUCCGUAUAUUACGGAAAUUUUCUCGGCAGAAUGUACAUUGUUCAGAGCAGUUGUAGCAGCAUGUGCUCAUUAUGGAACAGUUCUAGCAACAUGUACACAGUACAGAGCAGGUGUAGCAGCAUUUACACAGUUCAGAGCAGAUGUAGCAGCAUGUACACAGUACAGAGCAGGUGUAGCAGCAUGUACACAGCAUAGGGCAGUUGUAGCAGCAUGUGCUCAUUAUGGAACAGUUCUAGCAACAUGUACACAACAUAGAGCAGGUGCAGCAGCAUGUACACAGUACAGAGCAGGUGUAGCAGCAUGUACACAGCUUAGGGCAGUUGUAGUUGCAUUUACGUGGCAUAGGGCAGUUGUAGCUGCAUUUACAUGGCAUAGGGCAGUUGUAGCUGCAUGUACAUGGCAUAGGGCAGUUGUAGCUGCAUGUACACAGCACAGGGCAGUUGUAGCUGCAUGUACACAGCAUAAGGCAGUUGUAGCUGCAUGCACACAGUAUAGGGCAGUUGUAGCUGCAUGUACACAGCAUAAGGCAGUUGUAGCUGCAUAUCCACAGCAUAGGGCAGUUGUAGCUGCAUGUACACAGUAUAGGGCAGUUGUAGCUGCAUGCACACAGCAUAGGGCAGUUGUAGCUGCAUGUACACAGCAUAGGGCAGUUGUAGCUGCAUGUACACAGUAUAAGGCAGUUGUAGCUGCAUAUCCACAGCAUAGGGCAGUUGUAGCUGCAUGUACACAGCAUAAGGCAGUUGUAGCUGCAUGUACAGAGCAUAGGGCAGUUGUAGCUGCAUGUACAUGGCAUAGGGCAGUUGUAGCUGCAUGUACAUGGCAUAGGGCAGUUGUAGCUGCAUGUACAUGGCAUAGGGCAGUUGUAGCUGCAUGUACAUGGCAUAGGGCAGUUGUAGCUGCAUGUACAUGGCAUAGGGCAGUUGUAGCUGCAUGUACAUGGCAUAGGGCAGUUGUAGCUGCAUGUUUUAUACAGAAGUUAUGAACACAUCAACUUUCAGACACAAGAUAAACUUGGGUACAGUAUUGCAGUGCAGUGUUGCAAAAUAUGUUGUAGAAUAUUGUAGCCACACAAGUCUUGAUAAAGGUAAUUAUAUCCUAUACAAGCAGGCUUGUGAAGUACAUAGUAACUAUAAUAAUUUGUUUAUAUAAAGUAUUCACUAAAAUUUUUGUAAUGGUGUAAAGGGAUGGUACAUUGAAAAUUAUCACGAGUUUCAUAGUGGAUAUUUUAAUCCUAUUGGCUGCUGUGUUGGUAAUAUGGAAGAUAAUAUUGUCUGAAAUUGUUCUCAUGAAUAAUAGACAGUAUUGAGCAUUGAUCACACAUUUAAAUACUGAAUAACAAAUUUUCUUCCCAAUUACAAAUUUUGAAGAAAGGACACAAAUGAAUGACUUAUUCAGUAUCUGACAUUAGGAACUUUACCAGAUUACACUCUAUUACUAUUUAAUUUGUUCACUAAUAUUUACAACUAAUAAUUUUACUUACUACCAUGUGUAUUGAAAUUUGUAAACACCUGCAUUUAUAGAAGGCUUUACUAAUAGUCAUAUAGACCAACAUGGAGAAUUUACAAUACAGCAAACCACUGUUGUGUUUCCUGCUACACUAGCAUGCAUCUCUUGCAAGACACUGUCAUGGAGGACUUGCAACAAAGCAAAACACUGUUAGUGCCACAAGACAAACACAUAGAUUGCAAUGCUGCUCUUUAUUGACUGCCUCUGAGCUGUACACGUUUGUUGACCGAGCAAUACAAGUUGUGUAAGUUAAAACAAAAUUA